AUGUCGCCACCGUUCGACGUCACCGGCGUCGAUUUCGCUGGGCCAGUUCAUUAUAUACGUGGGUCUAACGCAAAAUCUUGGAUUUGUCUCUUCACAUGCGCGGUGACCCGCGCUCUUCAUUUGGAAUUGGUGCAAACGCUGACAGCCGUCGGUUUUCUUAUGGCGUUCAACCGUUUCGUAUCAAGAUUUGGGAUUUGUCGAAUAGUCUAUUCAGACAAUGCGAAGACAUUUCACCGAGCCAACAAGGAUUUAGCCGAAAUUUGGAAAGGGGCCGAACCAGAAAUUUUGACCGAUCUUGCCAACCGCGGAAUCAUGUGGAAAUUCAUCCCAGAAGCACUAAUCAAGAUAACCGGAACGGCUCAUUUAACCGAAGAGGAGCUCCGAACUACACUUUGCAAAAUAGAAGCAGUAGUGAAUUCGCGCCCUCUUACGUUUGUUUACAACGACCAUGAAGAAGUGCAGCGACUGAUUGAUGACUCGACCCCAAUCACUCAAUCCGCAACGGAAACUAAUGCAACUCAAAGAGAGCUGGUUGAGCGAGUUGAAUAUUAUGGGAAGCUCACAGCUGAUUUCAAGAAAAGAUGGCAUACAGAAUAUCUGCAAGAACGAGCUCUUCAUUUUAAGCAUCAGCAUCGAGUUGAACCUAUUCGCAUAGGAGAAGUUGUCCUGAUUCAAGAAGACAAUAUGAAACGUCGGCAGUGGGACAUUGGAGUCAUCAAGGAGACCAUCCCGUCAUCUGACGGUGUCGUCCGACAAAUUCUUCUCCGAACUGCUUCCGGCCAAUUGCGCCGACCCGUGCAAAGGCUUUGUGAGCUGGAAAUUAAUGAAAACAAUCCAUGGGAGAAUGAGCUUCUAUCGGUUGUUCAGAAUGACGCCGAAGCGGAGGAGAUUCAUCCGUCAGUGUCAUUUGCCGACGCGAUCUCACAACCGGAAGAAAAUCAACCGGAAUUAUUGCAAGACGUCCCUCAAGACGUCCAGCAAGGGGGGGAGUGUAGAAAACUCCGUCGUUGCGAGAGCCGGCCUGAAGGUGCGCCCUAG